CCGAUCCCGCCUCCGCCACCCGCCUGCCGGCCCGCCCCUCCGCGCCUCGGUCACCUCCUCCGCCAAAUGGGGAAUCCCGGCCCGGUUCCCCCUCCCGCUCGCAUCGCGCGUCCCGCGUGGGACGGGGACCGGGGCCCGACCCGACUUCCCCGUACCUGGCCCGGAGCUGAGGACGGCGCUCGACGCGGGGCGGGGGCUCGACGGACGCCGCGGUCACUCCCCGUCGCUCCGCUCGGCUGUGUGAAAUAUGGGAGACGACAGGCCAUUUGUGUGCAGCGCCCCAGGCUGCGGACAGAGGUUCACCAACGAAGACCACCUGGCGGUGCACAAGCACAAGCACGAGAUGACCCUCAAGUUCGGCCCGGCCCGCACCGACUCGGUCAUCAUCGCAGAUCAGACCCCGACCCCGACCCGCUUCCUGAAGAACUGCGAGGAGGUGGGGCUCUUCCACGAGCUCGCCAGCUCCUUUGAGCACGAGUUCAAGAAAGCCGCCGACGAUGACGACAGGAAGCAGGCCCCCGGCCCCCUGGACAUGUCUCUGCCCUCCACGCCGGACGUCAAAAUCAAAGAAGAGGAGCCCGUCGAGGUGGACUCGUCCCCUCCUGACAGCCCCGCUUCCAGCCCCCGCUCUCCGGAGACCAAGGAGGAGGCGGCCCCGAAGCCCGUGGUGAUCUCCACCCCGACGCCCACCAUCGUGCGCCCCGGCUCCCUGCCUCUACACCUGGGUUACGACCCCCUGCACCCGACCCUGCCCUCCCCGACCUCGGUCAUCACCCAGGCACCUCCCGCCAACCGGCAGCUGGGGUCUCCGACCGGCUCCAUCCCCCUCGUCGUGCACCUCGCCAACGGACAGGCCGUGCCCGUCCUGCCCGGGCCCCCCGUCCAGAUGCCGUCGGUUAUAUCGCUGGCCCGGCCCAUGUCCCUGGUGCCCAACGUGCCCGGAAUCCCGGGCCCCCCGGGAGGCGGCAGCGGUUCCGUCUCCCCCUCCGGUCUCCCCGGGCCUUCCGAGGCCAAGAUGAGGCUGAAGGCCACCCUGACCCACCAGAUCUCCUCCCUGAACGGCAGCGGCGGGAUGGUGGCGGGCACCGCCAGCACCAUGGUUUCUGCCCGCCCGGAGCAGAGCCAGAUCCUCAUCCAGCACCCGGACGCCCCCUCCCCAGCCCAGCCGCAGGUCUCCCCGGCGCAGCCCACCCCCAGCACGGGCGGCCGACGGCGCCGCACGGUGGACGAGGACCCGGACGAGCGGCGUCAGCGCUUCCUGGAGCGUAACCGGGCCGCGGCCUCCCGCUGCCGCCAGAAGCGCAAGCUGUGGGUGUCGUCCCUGGAGAAGAAGGCCGAGGAGCUCACCUCCCAGAACAUCCAGCUGAGCAACGAGGUCACGCUGCUCCGUAACGAGGUGGCCCAGCUGAAACAGCUGCUUUUGGCUCACAAGGACUGCCCCGUCACUGCACUACAGAAAAAGACCCAAGGCUACCUUGCAGAGAGCCCCAAGGAGAGCUCCGAGCCCACCGGGUCCCCCGCGCCGGUGAUCCAGCACAGCUCCGUGACGGGCGCCAACGGGCUGGCCGUCCGCUCCGCCGCCGAAGCGGUGGCCACGUCGGUCCUCACGCAGAUGGCCGGCCAAAGGACAGAACUGGGCCUGCCCGUGCCCUCCCACGUCAUCAUGACGCCACAGUCCCAGUCUGCGGGCAGAUGAUCCCCGCUCUCCCCCCGGGCCCCCGGCCCGGCGCCCGCGGCUUCCCCGGACGGGGAGGGUGGCCGACGGACCUCUCCCUCGCGGCGCCGGGGCCGCGGGCGCGGCGUCCGGGGGCCGCCGGUUCCGUGGGGGGCUCCCGCCCCG